CAUACAAGUCACCGUGUUGCCAUUGAAUAGCAUGGAAUUAAACCUUGUUCAGUGUAUAUGUUUUGUGGUCUUACGUGUUUUGUGCCUUCUUCAGUGUAUAUGUUUUGUGGUUUGUGGUUAUAGCCUGUGGUUACAGCAUUAUUUUUAAAAGUGGUGCAAGUUAUUUGAAUAGUUGUAUCUAGUAAUAAAGUUAAGAAAAAAUGGUGAUAGGUGCCUUUCCUGCAGCUAAAUUAGGGGCUCUGUUGCUAAAACAAAUAAGUAAGCCAAUAGCAAAUGUUGUAAAGAAUCAAGCGAAGAGUAGUCCAAUUUUUAGGAAAUACGUGUGUAUGCCACCAGCUCAGUAAUUUCACCAAGUUCUUACAUUGAGGGAAGAUGUAAAAACGAUCUAAGCACAACAUACAU